UGGGGCCAGCGGUGCCAAGCGCAGCUGGACGAGCGCGGCAGCUGGGCGAGUGACAGCCGCCGCGGCCGCCCGAGCCGCGCAGGGGAAGCGCCCGCCCGCCGGCUCUCCGGGACCCCGCGCCGCCGCCGCCUCCCGGGCCCUCAGCCCCGGGGCCGCCGCCUCCCGGGCGCCCGCGCCGCUCCCCGCGCGCAAGAUGGCUGACCCGGCUGCGGGGCCGCCGGCGAGCGAGGGUGAGGAGAGCACGGUGCGCUUCGCCCGCAAGGGCGCCCUCCGACAGAAGAACGUGCACGAGGUGAAGAACCACAAAUUCACCGCCCGCUUCUUCAAGCAGCCCACCUUCUGCAGCCACUGCACCGACUUCAUCUGGGGUUUCGGGAAACAAGGAUUCCAGUGCCAAGUCUGCUGUUUUGUUGUGCACAAGCGGUGCCAUGAAUUUGUCACUUUCUCCUGCCCGGGAGCGGACAAGGGCCCGGCUUCUGAUGACCCCCGGAGCAAACACAAGUUCAAGAUCCACACCUACUCCAGCCCCACGUUCUGCGACCACUGCGGGUCUCUGCUGUACGGUCUUCUCCACCAGGGCAUGAAAUGUGACACCUGCAUGAUGAACGUGCACAAGCGCUGCGUCAUGAACGUGCCCAGCCUGUGCGGCACCGACCACACCGAGCGCCGGGGCCGCAUCUACAUCCAGGCGCACAUCGAGCGGGAGGUGCUCAUCGUGGUCGUAAGAGAUGCGAAAAACCUUGUACCCAUGGACCCCAAUGGCCUGUCAGAUCCUUACGUCAAACUGAAACUGAUCCCUGACCCCAAGAGUGAGAGCAAACAGAAAACCAAAACCAUCAAGUGCUCCCUCAACCCUGAAUGGAACGAGACCUUUCGAUUCCAGCUGAAGGAGUCGGACAAAGACAGGCGCCUGUCUGUGGAGAUCUGGGAUUGGGACUUGACCAGCCGGAAUGACUUCAUGGGGUCGCUGUCGUUUGGGAUUUCUGAACUGCAGAAAGCCAGUGUGGACGGCUGGUUCAAGUUGCUGAGCCAGGAGGAGGGCGAGUACUUCAAUGUGCCAGUCCCCCCAGAAGGCAGUGAGGGCAAUGAGGAGCUGCGGCAGAAGUUCGAGAGGGCCAAGAUCGCUCAGGGCACCAAGGCGCCCGAGGAGAAGACGACCAACACUGUAUCCAAGUGCGACAACAAUGGCAACAGGGACCGCAUGAAACUGACCGACUUCAACUUCCUGAUGGUGCUGGGCAAAGGCAGCUUCGGCAAGGUGAUGCUGUCUGAGCGGAAAGGCACAGACGAACUGUACGCGGUGAAGAUCCUGAAGAAGGACGUGGUGAUCCAGGAUGAUGACGUGGAGUGCACCAUGGUAGAGAAGCGGGUGCUGGCCCUGCCUGGGAAGCCGCCCUUCCUUACCCAGCUCCACUCCUGCUUCCAAACCAUGGACCGCCUGUACUUUGUCAUGGAGUAUGUCAACGGGGGCGACCUCAUGUACCACAUCCAGCAAGUCGGCCGGUUUAAGGAGCCUCACGCCGUAUUUUAUGCGGCAGAGAUCGCCAUCGGUCUGUUCUUCCUACAGAGCAAGGGUAUCAUUUAUCGUGACCUCAAACUCGACAAUGUGAUGCUGGAUUCCGAGGGUCACAUCAAGAUCGCUGAUUUCGGCAUGUGCAAGGAGAACAUCUGGGAUGGGGCGACAACCAAGACCUUCUGUGGUACCCCAGACUACAUCGCCCCCGAGAUCAUUGCUUAUCAGCCGUAUGGCAAGUCCGUGGACUGGUGGGCUUUCGGCGUGCUGUUGUAUGAGAUGCUGGCUGGACAGGCGCCCUUCGAAGGGGAGGAUGAGGACGAGCUGUUCCAGUCCAUCAUGGAGCACAACGUGGCUUACCCCAAGUCCAUGUCCAAGGAGGCUGUGGCCAUCUGCAAGGGGCUAAUGACCAAACACCCAGGCAAGCGUCUGGGCUGUGGGCCCGAGGGUGAGCGCGACAUCAAGGAACACGCCUUCUUCCGCUACAUUGACUGGGAGAAGCUGGAACGCAAGGAGAUCCAGCCCCCUUACAAGCCCAAAGCCUGUGGGCGAAAUGCUGAAAACUUCGACCGAUUUUUCACCCGCCAUCCACCCGUCCUCACACCUCCCGACCAGGAAGUCAUCAGGAAUAUUGACCAGUCAGAAUUCGAAGGAUUUUCCUUUGUUAACAAUGAAUUUUUAAAACCCGAAGCCAAGAGCUAAGUAGCUGGCGUAGACCUCCGUCCUUCAUCCCCGUCAUCCAAGCUCCACGGCGGUGACAUCUUUUUUUAAUUUUUAUUUUGUUCUUUCAUUGCCAAGUUGCGUCCAUGUUUUCUUUGCUGAUGAGGCGAAAGUGACCAUGUUUCAGGGCCCAAAUGUCCUCAGGUGGUUUGGUGGCUCUCUGAGAGCUGGGAUUAUGCAGAUGGCUCAUGGGAAAACAGAAUAACAUGGCCGCAUAAUCCACCCAUGAUCCUCUUCCAAUUUGUUCUCCCCAGCAUGUCAGCUUAGUGGGCCCAGUGGGGACAGAAAAAUACCUGCUUCCUUCCCCUUUUUUAAUGUUUUGUUUUUGUUUUUCCUCCUGCCCUGUCAUAUUCACACCCUCCGCCCGCUCCCACCAUUCCAGAUGCAGAUUCUCCUAGCAAAGGAAUAGAGCCUCAGGUGCUAGGAGUGUUCCUCCACUUCCAGUCCCCAGCUUGGCCUCCACCCAAGUGUCUGGCUGCUUUGGCUUAGAGGGAAUUCCUCCGUCUUUAUCCUGCCUGCUUCUGGAAGCACCCUGGGCUUUGAAAAGAACCAAGCUAAAAAUAAAAUCCUUAUUUGUUCUUCUUUCAAAUGCAAAGUUAAGAAGAUUAUUGGAGCCCUUUAAAAAUUCCCAGCCUGUGCUGUGGGUAGGGGGGUGCAGGCAAGGAUGAGCAGGUGUCAAAAGACAGACAGCUUAGGGGGGCCCUUAUGCUCUCAGUCUCUGGCCCUUUAUGUCCCUUCUCACCUUCCUCCCCAAACUCCACAGCGAGGACAUUUGGUUCCACUCUCUGAAAAGACAUGGUCACUCUAGCAAAGGGUCCCCUGAGGACUGUGGUUUUUACAUUACAUUUCAAACUUGAUUUGCUUUGGGGGUUUUAUUUCUGUUAUUGUUUCAAAUGCAAAAGAGAAACAAAAGAAAAAAAAAAACACCUCACUUUUGUUACACCUGCUUUGAAAUCUGUGUCCAAAUGUUAUUAACCACAGUGACCUUCUUUGAUUUCCCAAGAAGAUGGUUCUGGAGCCUGGGAGACCCAGGCUGUGAGCCAAUGGGGCUUGUCUGGGUUUGUUUGCUGGUUUGGGAAAGUUAAUUCUGUGUUUCCAGAAAGAUCCCAGUGCUUCAAACA